AUGGUGGCGGCGCGGCAGCGGCGGCGCUGGGGCGUGCCGAUGCUGCUGGCGGCAUACGUGGGUUACCUGGGGCUGGGCGCCGCAGUGCUGCAGGCGCUGGAGCGGCCGGCCGAGGUGCAGGCGGCCCAGCACCUCCUCCGGGAGCACUGGGAGCUGCUGACCAACCACACCUGCCUGCAGGGGCUCGCCCUGCAGCGGCUCAUCGAGGGUAUCAUCCAAGCGUACAAGAGUGGCAUAACCCUCCAGGGAAACACCACUAGCCUGGGCAGGUGGGACUACAGUGGGUCUUUCUUCUUCUCCAUCUCUGCAAUAACAACCAUUGGCUAUGGGAACCUGAGCCCCAGCACUGUGGUUGGGCGAAUCUUCUGCAUCGUGUUUGCACUUUUUGGGAUCCCCUUGAACCUUGUACUCCUGAAUGAAAUUGGGCAGCUCAUGCUGCUUGGGGUUCAGCAUUGUGCUCAUCGCCUAGAGGAGGUAUUUCACUGGCAGAAUAAGGCUUCCUUCCUGAUGAAGACCUGUGCACUGGUAACUGGCUUGUUAUUGUUCCUCCUGCUACCUCCCUUGUUAUUCUCUGACAAAGAAGGCUGGUCUUAUGAAGAAGGCUUCUACUAUUCCUUCAUUACCCUCAGCACUAUAGGGUUUGGAGACUAUGUGAUUGGGAUGAACCCAGAUCGCACCUAUCCAAGCUGGUACAAGAAUGUAAUCUCUCUGUGGAUCCUCUUUGGGAUGGCCUGGCUAGCACUGGUUAUCAAAUUUUGCAUCAACAUUCUAGAGAGCUCCAGUGACUUCUGUCAAUGCCACAAGCAGAACACAGAGAUGGAAGAAGAUUUCAUGGAUGGUAACAAAAAUAGUAUGACUGGACUUCAAAAUGCAGAGAUCAGCAGUAACAAAGACAAAAAUGAAGGAACCAGUUGAAUUCCACUCUUACACAGCUCCUACAGAAGCCCUCUAGAGAAGAAAAAUACCCUUGGUGUUCUGUAGGUUUUAGUGCACCAAAGAUGAAUCAUUUAGAAAUGUGUAAGUGGAGCUGCCCUGACCUGUGAAUGGGGUGAAUGUUUGCUUAUUGAGCUUGAAAUGCUUUUAUUCUGAAUUGAGCAAUGACAGGAUGUUUCAUUUGCAGCACCACCAAAUAUUACCAAUAGGAUUUUUAUCCAAAAGUAGAUUUAUGGAAAUAUUACCUGCUCUCCCACCUCAGUCUAUGAAGUAAUCUUUGACAUCGCUGAGCAACAUUAGCUGCUGUCCAUUUCUAAGCAUGAUUCCUGCAGCCUCUAGUUAUAUGUAUGGCAUUUUGCAAAUGCCACAGUCAUGAGAGCCAUUUAAUGCAGGGAACAAAUAGCAUAUUGCUAAAAGAAAUUAAAAGCACUGUUUAAAGCUAUCUGGCAGUCAUGGCAAAUAUGCACCAUCACCUAUAUAGUCGUACUUGUGAAAGGUGGUAACCAGGUGCCUGAUAGAAACAGAUCAUUCCAUUUUUUAAAAUUAAUUUCUAUAUCAGAGGUCUGCUAACAGAGAUUGGGUAGGCUAUUCCUUACUUCAGAACUUGUGGGUUCAUCCUUUGAAAUAUUUUGCAGGCCAAAUGUCAUCAGCUAAACAUGACAGUUCAUUUAGAUAGAUGUGUAUUUUGCCACAUCUUGGAAGCUGGAAAAGGACUAGAGGUAAUUUUAAGAGUCAGUGGUUCCAACCUUUUCCUACUGCCAAUAUUAACAAAGGCUACUUCAGUCUAGAAGCAGACUGAUUUUUCUUCAACUAUGAUCAAGUGAUGUUGUUGUGAUGAACUUCUCAUGUCAUGAAUGAUUAGUGUACCUGUUCUAACAUGUUACAUAUAAUCACAAUUGGUUUUCAUCUGCAGAAUGCCAGACAUAGUUAUUUGACCUUCGUGUCUGUCAUGAAACUGACACAAAGGAACUUGGUUGGGUGUUUUUAGUUCCAUUAAAUUCUGAAAAAUCUUUUGAUACAUUAUGCUAUUUAUAAAGGUGCAACAGAGUCUAACUUCUGGUGCUGUUUGUAUUCCAUUACCUGUUCUUCUCAUUUUGUUAUUCCUGUUGUGCUAUUUGUGUCCUGUGCAUUAACUUUGGAAACUUCACCAUGACAGCAAACCAGAAUGAAGCAUUUGGUUGAGCCUUCAGCUUUUGCAGUGAACCAAGAUUCCACAAGGU